CUGUAUCCAAUAGCAACGCGGCGUUUCGCGGUGCGGCCCAAUCAGCGCUCACUAGGCGGGCGGCCAUGACAGUGGGCGGGCCGGGGCGGCUCCUCCCGGCUGGCGGCGGUGAAGAUGGCAGAUUUCCUGAAGGGGCUCCCGGUGUACAACAAGAGCAACUUCAGCAGAUUCCAUGCGGAUUCCGUCUGCAAGGCUUCCAACCGCCGCCCCUCGGUGUAUUUGCCCACCAGAGAAUUCCCCUCGGAACAGAUUAUCGUGACAGAGAAGACGAACAUCCUCCUGCGCUACCUCCACCAGCAGUGGGACAAAAAGAAUGCGGCCAAGAAGCGGGACCAGGAGCAGGGGGAGCUGGAGGGGGAGAACUCGGCCCCGCCCCGGAAAAUCGCCCGGACCGGGAGCCAGGACAUGACCGAGGACACUUAAAACUCCCGGAAUUCCCGGAAUUCCCCAGGCUCUUCCCGCUUUUUUCACCCCCUCCCCCACCCCGCUGGGAAUUCCCGGGAUCCGCCCUAUUUAUUUGGGAUUCGCCUCUUUCCCGGUUUUUUGGGGUCGCGUUGGUGGAGCGGGGUUUUGGCGGAGAGGGAGAAGCUGAUUCCCAAAAUUCCCGGUUUUCCCGGGAUUCCUGGGUUUUAUUCCCUGUGAGAUCCUGGAGUUCCUUAUUCCCAAAAUUCCCUGUGAGAUCCCGGAGUUCCCGGGUUUUAUCCCCCGCGAGAUCCCGCAAUUCCUUAUUCCCAAAUUUCCUGUUUUUCCUGGAAUUCCCAGGUUUUAUUCCCUGCGCUAGCCCGGAAUCCCUCAUUCCCAGAAUUCCCAUUUUUCCCGGGAUUCACUCCUGAGAUCUCCCAGGAGAACUCAUUCCCAAAAAUUCCACUUUUUCUGGGGGGGGAGGAUUCCUGGGAUUUUUUUCCUGCUCAAUCCCAGAAUUCCU